CGCUCAGCUCCUAGCAGCAGCAGGUGAGAGGGUGAGCCGCUCUGCUCAGACUCAGAGCGGAGGAGUAGCGGAGCGGAACCAUGGGCAAGCUGCAGGAAUUUGACAUUACAUUUACUAACAACAAGGUGGUUUACGGACCGGGGGAGUCCAUUAGCGGAACUGUGAAAAUACGAACCGCCAACUCACUGCAGUAUAAAGCCAUCAAGGUGAACUGUCUGGGCUUAUGCGGGAUCUCCAACAAAAUUAACGACUCUUCGUGGAGUCUGGAGGAGCAGUACUUAAACAGCAUGUUAUCAGUGGCUGAUAAAGGAACCCUGGCCCCGGGUGAGCACAGUUUCGGUUUCCAGUUCGUCCUUCCAGCCGCCAUCCCCACGUCGUUCGAAGGACCCUAUGGGAAGGUGGUUUAUUGCGUGAGAGCGGCCAUCGACACUCCCCGCUUCUCCAAAGACUACAAAGCUCAGAGGCCCUUCUACAUUCUGAACAUGCUCAACCUCAACGAGGUUCCCGACAUCGAACAACAGAGUUGUGCCGUAACAACCAAGAAGUUUAGCUACCUCCUGGUGAGGACAGGGACCCUGAUGCUUAAAACCCGCAGCGACCUGAGGGGCUACAUCCCUGGUCAGGUCAUCAAAUUAUCCACAGAGAUCCACAAUAAGUCCGGGAAAGACACUGGCUACGUGCUGGCUAGUCUCAUGCAGAAAGUGACCUACAGGACCAAGCGGCCGGUCUUCGACCUGCGGACCAUUGCAGAGGUGGAGGGAGCCGGAGUGAAGGCCGGAAAACACGCAGAGUGGAGGGAGCAGAUCAUCGUCCCUCCUCUUCCUCAGUCAGCCCUGGCCUGCUGUCGCCUGAUAGACAUCCAGUAUUUCAUUCAGGUGUCUCUAAAGUCUCCAGAAGCAGUCGUCAUUUUGCCGAUCUUCAUCGGAAACAUCCCCGUGAACUUGUCCCCAGCCAGGUCUAUAGCCACCAGUCCCGCCUUGGCGCCGGUACCGUGCGCUGCCGGAGUGAUGCCCAGCGCCCCGCCGGUCGAGGAGGAUCCAGAGGGCGGGCUUUGCGCCGGAGGGUACACCAGCGAGGAGCUUCCCACCAAAAGCCACUCACAGCAGGAUCCCUCAGGUCAACCUGUCACCAUGUCGCCCAGCGCCUUCAGCCACGCCCCGGGCGCAGCGAUGCCACCUUGCAGGCGUCCCGAUGCGUCUGCUCCGCUCUUCUGCCUGUCCACUGGAGCCACCAUACCUUUCUUCACAGAGGGAGAUGUAAAUCCAAUCCCCACCUCCUGUUCUCUCAUCCUUCCCCCAGAAUACAGCAGCUCUGACUACCCUCACGAACCUCCUCCAUCUUAUGAAGAAAGCUGCAGCACUGUGGACUCCAGUAUAAACAGUGGAGAGUAGAGAGGAAGCUGGAAACGAAAUAUCACGGCCACUAUCUGUAUGCACUCCUUUU